AUGAAGAAAGAUUUGACAACAUUUGUGAAAAAAGUUAAAAAACGCAUCUUCUUCACCGUAUCGCCGCUGCCUGUUGUCUGUCCCUUUCUUCACCCGCUGUGUACUUUUCGAAACUUACCUCUCACCAGAUCCGUCGCUCUCUUCUUCCAAAUCCUUAACCCUACAUCUACACCUACUUCAUCGCCAUCAGUAAAUGCAGCAGUCUUCGCGUAUUCUUCAGAAUUCUUAGCAAUUUUCACCGGAUAA